AUGAUCAAUUGUGAACAACGAUACCCAAACGGUGAAUAUUUACAAAUGAGUUUAUUAGAUUCGAUUGAUAAUAGCGGCAUUAAAGAUGAUUCGUCAGACAUUUAUUAUUCAAAUAAUUCAUCUCUAAUAUUUUCAUCAUUUGAUGAUACAUCGUUUAAACUCGAACAAGAAGAAGAAUUUUACUCAAAAAGUGAAAGAACAGCAACGUUUACAUUAUGUUCCGAUUCGGAUUCGGAGUCAUCCGCGCCUUCUUCUGUAUCAAACAUUUUACUAGAAAAUGAAAAAAUUCCUAAAUAUCAAUUAAGACAUUCAUUAUCAUUUACCAAUAAUACAACUGAACAUAAAAUUGAUGAAAAUUAUCUUUAUCCAACACGAAUUGUUGACGAUAUUAUGAUAACGACCACCGGGAAAAGUCGUCGAGAGUUGAGUGCCGUGCACGGUUUCUCAGAAGAACAGAUUGCAGUUUUCGAAGAAUCGUUCAGUGUUCUUGAUCGAGACCGAGAUGGACACAUUAGUGAUUAUGAAAUAAGAUCAUUGAUGAAUUCUCUUGGAUAUAGCCCAAGCGAAGAGGAUAUUGGAGAAGUGAUUAAAAAAGUUGAUCUUGACGGAAAUGGUAAAGUUGAUUUUGAAGAAUUCUUAACAAUGAUGCAAAGAAGGAAGUCAGCGGGUGAAUUGGAUCAUGAAUUGAAGCAUGUAUUCGAUGUAUUUGAUAAAAACAGAGAUGGAUUUAUCGACAAAGAUGAGCUUUACGACAUGUUGAAGAGAUUAGGAGAGAAUAUCACUGAAGAGGAUGUCAUUGAUAUGAUAGACGAAGCUGAUACUGAUGAAGACAAUAAAGUAUCCUAUGAAGAAUUUAAAGCAAUUUUAUACUCGAAAUGA